UGGCCGUUCGGUUCAGUCGUUGUUAAUGCCCGUUCAGAGUCGGUCGUGGGUCCAAGUUGUAAGUGUUUGUGUAGUGUAACGGUGCCCAGCAACGAGGUUGCAUGGCUAUUACUUCGUGGAGGCAAAAAGGAGUAAAAUAAAUAAGGAUGCCGCGCCUAGAGCAGCCGCCGCCGGAAGACUUCCGCCGCAUUCUGCGCGAGAAAGCACUGAACCACAGUUUGUUUUACUUGAAGCUCGGCGCGGGAGUUGCGCCCGAGCAGCCCGAGCACGCGCGCGGGCAGACGGCGCCCGUCCGCCGGCAGAGCGACACUGCGGCGCGCGCGCGCUCCCCCCGCCACCCGCAGCCGCGCGUCUCCGAGCUGCUCAAGCGCUUCGAGCCGGGGCCCAUGCAGUACCUGCGAUUGCCGCGAGCGGUCACGCCCACGGAGGACAUCAGCUCGUCGGACGAUGACGACCGCGCCGCCGUCAGGCGCAGAAGCCGUGACUUGAGCGACGAUUCCGCGGUCGAGCUGGAGCCCCGGAGGCGGCACUCGCACCCCCGCGACGUCACCCCGCCGCCGGACGCGAUGUCACCCCGACGGGAGAGGACCCUCAUUGAGGCGAACGUGGUUGAGAUCGGACGGCGGGGUAGUGAGGGGUGUGAGACGCGAGGGCGCUGUGUGAGGACCCCGAGCGUGGUGGUCAGUGACUAUUCUGACGGGAUCGCGGUGGGAGCCACGGAGGAGGAGGUGGACUGGCUCAGGUCGAGGUCGCUGUCUGCGGACUCCGCCUGCUCUUCCUGUUCCACUCUGUCCAGCCGCGAUGAUGAGGAAUUCGAAUCUCCCCCGCUGCAAAAGAAGAUGAACGCAGCAUGAACGGUUGGCUUGAGCGACCUUUCGGCGCCACUUCUUUCAUCUUUGGACUGCGGGACUGUACCAGCCACGUACCAGCUAUGCAGCAGUCAAGACAUUAACCCUUACGAAUGCUAUGUUCUAUACUUUUUAGCUCUUUCACUGAAGGUCUACUUAGAGUCUCAUUGUCAUGUAGAUAGAAACGUUUUUUGUGUUUUGCUAAAGAUAACGCGGCGAUCAGAAUGAGUACAUUUUUAACGAAAUUGUUGUUAUCCAACGAAGAUAGUGGUAAUGCACACGGUGCAUUGAUUUUAAUGUAUCCGAUCUGAGCCUUGAUAAAAAUAAAAGUAAAUGCCGGGUCCGAUAAUGAAGUAUCGGCUUAUAUCAAUUACUUUAGAUAGUAUCUAUAAAUAUAUUCGAAUUAAAUAUACAGUAUUA